AUGUCCACUCCUCGAUCCGGAAGCGCAAGGUCCAACGCCCAAGAUGGGGAACCAAGCCUUGCUGUUAUCCAAUUGAGGGAAAUCAUGAAGGAGUUGCGCGAAACAAGAAAGGUAGCGGAAAAGGCUCUGGAGAAUGUGCAAAACACUGCUUGUCGUGGGGGCUCAAAAGAGGGCAAGAGGAAACAGAGACAUGAGAUCUCUGAGGGAGACUCUUCCAACAUCACACACUCAAGUGUCCGUGACAGGGCCACGGCGGAAGAUCAAGACGGAGAUCUCGACUUGCAUAAGAUGGUGAAAAAGGCUAAGGACACCGAUUUGCACAGUCAGAUCGAGAAGAUUGUUAGAGGGUACAAGCCGCAAACACUCGUUGAACUAGCUCUAGAAGCGGCGAAAGGAAUCUGCAAGUCGUCAUUCAAGGAAGACAUCCUAAACGCCAAGAAGCCAGUUAAGUUCACCCAACCUAAGUUUAAGUUGUUCGAAGGCACGACUAAUCCCAUUGAACACAUCUAUCAUUUCCAACAACAAAUGGUGCUCGAAGGAGAUGACGAGGCCCUGUUAUGUAAGUUGUUCCCCUCAAGCUUGUCAGGGUCGGCCCUGAUUUGGUUUAGACAGCUGAAACCAAGGUCUAUUGGCGGUUUCACCCAACUCUGUGAGAUGUUCAUAUCCCAGUACAUUUGCAAUCAAAAGAGAAGAAAGGACGUCACGAUUCUAUUCAGCACGAAGCAGAGUACCGGAGAAAGCCUUAAAGAUUACUUGAGGCGUUUUACGGAGGAAAUGUCUACUCUUGAGGAAUGUGAUUCUCAUAAUGCUUCACUGGCGUUUCGUGAAGGGGUCAUACCUGGAAUAAAAAUGCACAGGUCUUUAGUGAAGACCCCACCAAUGGAUAUGAGGGAAGUUAUGGCCCGGGCAGAUGGAGUCAUCAGACUGGAAGAAGAAGAGCUCACCCAAUCAAAACGCGCCACUUCCACCAUUGCGGUCCCAAAGCCUCCGCCGGAGCAAAAAGUGGAAACGAGGCGAUAUCCUUCGAGACAAGAAUCUAGCAAUAGACCUAAGCAAAGCCGACCCUUCACCAAGCUCACGGUGAGUUUAGCCAAACUUUUUCACGAGAACAAGGGCAAAGGUAUAUUUCGAACACCACCUGCGAUAUGCAAAUCCCCAGAGAAGCGAGAUAGGAACAAGAUGUGCACCCAUCAUAACGACUUUGGACACACCACUAAUGAGUGCUGA